CUCUCCCACCACCUCGCUGGUCCGUUUGGCUGUCCACUCGCCCCAUCUGUUCUUGCCUCCACUCCACCCCCAGCUGGCCGGCUGGCCGAAAUGACGAACGAUGAAUUCCUAGCAGUACUGCCCCCACCGCAUGAUCAGCUGCGAGAGGCGGAGUACAGUUCAAGUCUUGCAGAGCUGCAGCUGCAGGUGAGGACUGAGAGAUCAGAGAUGGCCAGCCCAGCUGGGGAUCUCUCUCUUCUCUCCUCUCCUCACAGGGCGCCAGGGCAGACGCCAAUUGUUGCCAGGGCUAGAGGACCAGACGGCAGACUAGGAGUAGGCUGUCCUGUUUCCGUUGUCCGCCCGCCCAACCACCACACCCUCCCCCCGGAUUAUAAACACAGCGCCUCUCCUCACUCAGUCGCCUCCUCUCCGUCUGCGUUCCUGUCGUGGCCCACAUCUAGCCGUCGUCGUCGUCAAGAAAGGAGGCGCCACAAUGACGAUGAUGGCGCCUCAUCCGCAGCCACUGCCGCUGGCACAGCCGCCGGCGUUCGGGGACACCACGCUCACCAAGGUGUUCGUGGGCGGCCUGGCGUGGGAGACCCACGAGGGCGCCCUCCGCGGGCACUUCCAGCGCUACGGCGACAUCCUCGAGGCCGUCAUCAUCUCCGACAAGCUCACCGGCCGCUCCAAGGGCUACGGCUUCGUGACGUUCAAGGAGGCGGACGCAGCCAAGAAGGCGUGCGAGGAUGCCACCCCCGUCAUCAACGGCCGUCGCGCCAACUGCAACCUCGCCUCCCUCGGCGCCAAGCCGAGGCCCCAGCCGCUGCAGCACGUCCUCCGUCCCUCGCCCCCGCACGCGCACGCGCUUCCCUCUCCUCACCAGCCCACGCCAGCCAUCGCGGUGGGAUCCAGGAGCGUGUCGCCGGUGCCAUGGUACUACCACCCCUCCACGACGCGCCCUCCGCCGCCGCCGGCCGCGCACCAGCAGUACCACGGCGUGCUCCCGUUCUACCCCGCCGCCGCCACCUACGGGUACUCCCCGAACUACGUCACGGACCUGAGCUACAAUACGAAGGUAGGCCAAGCGGCAGCUGCCGGCACGGCGGCCGGGUCCUACCUACAGCUACAGGGGCACUUGGCGUACCAGGCGGCGCCAGCUCAGGGCGGCAUGGUGCCGGUGUACCCGUUCUACCACUACCCGUACCACGCCUCGCACUCGCAGGGCCUGGGCGUCCCCGCCGCGCACUUCCUCCCCCCGGUCUCCGCCGCCGCCGUCGUCUCCUCCAAGCCCACCGUCGUGGCCACUCCCAAAGUGGAGUGGAGCGGGUGACGGGUUGCAGCUGAAGGCACGAGGCGAUGGUGGUGGUGGCGGCGGCGACUAUGGGCGGCGCAAUGAAAGGCGCUCUGCUCUGUUAACAAGCUGCACAUGAAGGGUGUCGGAUGCCGAAGCGACGCAAGGCCGCAUUAGUUACAUUCAUUCAAUUCCCUCUAACUUCGACCACAGUACCGGCAACAACAGUCUGUAACAAACAAAUGACUGGAUUCGUCUCUCGUUUACCUCUGUAUUUUUCCAAUGGUAAACCCGUUUAUCAGUGUCUGUAGUGUAGUAGUCCGAUCGCUGCAGGUGACAGCGGACCUCAAUAAACCGUCAUAGUAUUUCGCCCUAUUCUAUGGUCGAAAUAUCUCAGUUAAAAAGUAAAGGGGCGCUAAAUAGAGGGAAUGACUGAAGAGGAGAUGAAUUUGGUUUUCUUUGAAUACUCUAGUAUUGACCUCAAUCCACAUGUGUUGAGGUGAAUUCGAGUGUAAAUUAGUUUAAGUUAUA